AUCCAUCUCUCCAACUCUCCUUCCCUCUCUCUCUAGAUAUGACUUUCAACUUCCAACUACUCUGAUGCCCUUCUUAUUUCAUGUGCAUCAUCUGUAUCGCCUUAUGAGAUAAUCUGCUUCUCUCUGUAUCGUCUUCUUCAAUUACUCACUUUCACUCAUGGCUCCUAGCAAGCUCAAUUCCACUGAUUCUUAUGGAAAUGGGGAUGUGAGUUUUUCAUGCUCACAACCAGAUAAUGGAUUUAAUGAUUCACUUUCCUUCUUCCAUUCUGAGAAGGCAGUUCAGGAGCUUCUUCAACAGACCCCUAUUCAGGGUACUGAUGACCAUCUUAUAGAGUUCUCAGAGGCACUAAGAACUGUUGCAAAGGCAUUAAGACGAGCUGCUGAGGGAAAAGCUUCUGCUCAAACUGAGGCUGCUGAAUGGAAGCGUAGAUAUGAACUGGAGAGGCAACGAAACCAGCGGCUGCAGCGUAAAGAAUAUUCACCUGAGAAGCACAAUGAUGACUUUGAUGAAAAGAGGACAGAGAACUCAACCAACCAUUCUGUGCUGAGUAAUCAAACAACCAAGCAAUCUGAAAAUUGUUGUACCAAUGGGAUUUGCUCUCAUGAAAUUCUUCAAGAUGGAGAGACUAACCCUGAUUCCAAGAUGAUCCAGAAUAGGAUGAUGAGAAAGGCAUCUUUUAAACUUUCAUGGUAUUGCAAAGGUGAAAAUAGUGAUCAGCACAAACAUGAUGUUGUCUCUUUUGAAAGAGGAAACAUAACAACUGCAGAGCGCAGCAGUAAACAGAUUUCUUUGACGUGGGAGUCUAAUCCACAGACGGUGCUUAUUAUGACUAAACCUAAUUCAAUUUCUGUUCGAAUUCUGUGUGCAGAUAUGGUCAGAUGGUUGAAAGAGCAUAAAAGGUUAAACAUUUAUGUGGAACCACGUGUGAGGGGUGAACUUCUAACAGAAUCAUCUUACUUCAAUUUUGUACAAACGUGGAAAGACGACAAGGAAAUUUCACUACUGCACACUAAAGUUGACCUUGUGGUAACUCUUGGUGGGGAUGGUACUGUUCUUUGGGCAGCAUCAAUGUUCAAAGGACCAGUUCCUCCCAUUGUUCCUUUUUCCUUAGGUUCCCUUGGCUUUAUGACACCAUUUUAUAGUGAGCAUUACAGAGAUUCCCUUGAUACAAUUCUUAGGGGCCCAAUUAGCAUAACAUUGCGACACCGGUUGCAAUGCCACGUUAUUAGAGAUGCAGCAACAAAUGAGGUUGAAACUGAGGAGCCUAUACUCGUUCUAAAUGAGGUUACUAUUGACCGUGGAAUAUCGUCUUUCCUCACAAAUUUGGAAUGCUAUUGUGACAACUCAUUUGUCACAUGUGUGCAAGGUGAUGGUUUAAUUUUAUCAACAACAUCUGGUAGCACUGCAUAUUCAUUGGCAGCUGGAGGAUCAAUGGUCCAUCCACAGGUUCCUGGCAUCCUUUUUACACCAAUUUGUCCACAUUCCUUAUCCUUUCGGCCUCUGAUAUUACCUGAACAUGUAACCAUACGAGUGCAAGUUCCUUUCAACAGCAGAAGCUCUGCUUGGGUAUCAUUUGAUGGCAAGGACAGGAAAAAGUUAACACCGGGUGAUGCACUUGUAUGCAGCAUGGCGCCUUGGCCUGUGCCUACAGCAUGCCAAGUUGAUUCUACCAAUGACUUCUUGCACAGCAUCCAUGAGGGCCUACACUGGAAUCUGAGGAAGACCCAAUCUUUUGAUGGCCCUCAUGAUCAAUAAUGUUAUUUCAGAUAAAAGCAAGCAAAUCUAACUGUAAUCUGAAAUAUUGCAUCCUAGUAGAGGGAAAUAUGUAAAGUUCCAAAUCCAACUUAUUGACUAUUAUCUGCAGAUGAUCAUGAAAAUUAGAGGAGGGGAUGAAGUGUAUGUUGUAAUAACAAAAUGCCUCUGAAAUAUAUAGAACUUGAUAUAGCUGUUAAAUGAGUAGAUGCAAGAAAAGCUGCUCGUUGAAUGUGUAAGUUAUUCGUGGUGCCUCUUUGGCUCUUUCUAGCA